AUGCCGAGUCCCUCCCUUGCUAUUAAAGAGACAAGAGAAGGAAAUGUAACAGUGGUAGAGGGAGUACUAACAGAGCCAGAUGGGAAGAUUGAAGAGGUAGACAACCCCCAUGGGGCAUGUCCAAUCUGUUCUCAUAACCUCACAUUCACAUGGAAGGAUGUCCAUGUCCUGUCCCAGUUCAUGCGGCCUGAUGGCCAGGUGAUGCCCCAGCAGGUCACAGGUGUUUGUAACACACAACACAGGAAGCUGUUCUUGGCUAUAGAGGAGGCCAAAGAGGCAGGUCUGUUCCCAGACCACAAGCCUACAUCAGAUGACACUAAGGCUGUGAAAACCUCGGAGGUUCCACUGAACAGGUUCAAUGACUACUGUCCACCAGACUGGGUUGUGAUGAAAAGGAUGACUAAUGUCCCACAUCCCCAGAUCCCGUACCGGAAGCUGCGGAGAUACACAAAGAUUAACCCCAAAAUUGUCAGGACUGCAGCAAGGAAGAGACCUUAGUCAGAAAAUACUCCAUAAUGUUGAAGACCAAGGAGGCAUAAGAUACAUGUAACAGUGUACAGUUGACAGUAGGAAGAGGAAUGGUUAGGUCAGAGAUACAUGUAUAUCCUAACAGUAAUUUGCUAUACACAUGAGGCCAAGUGUAAACUAGUUUCAGUAUCAUUUGGGCUGGAAACGUGAAAACUAAUGUAACGGGAUAAAGUAUAAAUGUAGGUACACACAUCAUAGAAGCAAGCAGAGUUUUGUUUGCAUAAUGGUGAUAUGAGUAGUACACAUACUAUACUGAGGUAAACUUCACUGAUCUAAACCCAGCUGAAAAUGUGCAAAGAAAAUCUAAACAUUGUACUACUAGUACUAUGCACAUGGUAUCUUUACAAUAAUCACCAUGAAAAAAAA